AUGCCGGGGGCGCCCUCGUCUUCAUGGCGACUCUUCUGGGCGAGGGUGAAGGGGAAGUUUGAAGGCGCGGAUCUGAGGGUCUGCAUCGCCUUUUGGCUGUUUGGCCUCGUCAACAACAUCCUAUAUGUCAUCAUUCUGUCGGCAGCAUUAGAUCUUGUUGGCCCUUCUAUCCCAAAAGCUACGGUCCUCCUUGCGUCAAUCAUACCAGGUCUCGCAACCAAAGUCGUCGUGCCAUACUUCAUCCACCUCAUACCCUACUCCCUCCGCAUCAUCGCCUUCGCCACUCUAUCAACAUGUGGCAUGCUCACGGUCGCGCUAUCCCCAUCUACAACAAGCGCCUCCAGCAUCACCGCAAAGGUAGCCGGCAUCGUCCUCGCCAACAUCAGCUCUGGUGCGGGAGAAGUCAACUUCCUAAGUCUGACGCAAUUCUACGGCACCUUCAGUCUGGCGGCAUGGGGGAGCGGUACUGGUGGUGCGGGACUGAUUGGAGCUGGCGCAUAUGCUCUGGCGACGACUGAGCUCGGCAUCUCGGUGCAUGCGACGUUGCUGACGAGUGCGCUGUUGCCGUUGAUCAUGCUUGUCAGCUUCUUCGCACUGCUUCCAAGAGGACCGUUGCGUGCCGCAAGGAAGCAUGAACAAGCCUACCAUCACAUCGAACCAGAUGAAGACCCCGCCGAAGACGAUGGCGGAGAAACCGCUGGCCUGCUCGACCAGCCAGACCGGCUGUCGAACUCAUCAGCAUUCAGCACCCAACCCCAAAGCUGGCUCCAAACAACCCUCCAAGAACUCAAACUCAAACUCCUCCGCGCCCGCACCCUCAUCAUCCCCUACAUGUUCCCCCUCUUCCUCGUCUACUUCGCCGAAUACACCAUCAACCAAGGCGUCGCCCCGACCCUCCUCUUUCCCCUGGCCUCCACGCCAUUGAAACACUACCGCGCCUUCUAUCCGACCUACUCCGCUCUCUACCAACUGGGCGUUUUCAUUUCCCGCUCCUCGCUCGCGCUCUUCCGCGUGCGGAGCCUUUACGUUCCCUCCUUCCUGCAGGUGGCGAAUCUGGUGGUGCUUACGAUCCAGGCGCUGUGGCCGUUCAUGCCAAACGUUUAUUUCGUUUUCGCCAUUGUGCUUUGGGAAGGGCUGUUAGGAGGACUGGUGUACGUGUCUACGUACGCUGCUGUGCGGGAAGAGGUGGCGGAAGAGGAUCGGGAGUUCAGUCUUGGGGCGGUGGCUGUGAGUGACUCGGCAGGGAUUUGUCUGGCCGGGUUCCUGGGCGUGGGGAUGGAGAGUGCGCUGUGCAGUUGGCAGGUCGGGCAUGGGAGGGAUUGGUGUCGGCAACUGUGA